AUGAGCGACGGUACUAAGCUCAUUGCCGUGAUCGGAGACGAAGACACCGUCACGGGCUUUAUCCUCGCGGGUGUCGGCCAUCGAACGGCCGAGGGAACCAACUUUCUCGUCGUCAAACCCUCUACUCCAAUCUCCGCUAUUGAGGCCAGUUUCCGGACGCUCUCGAGCCGUGACGAUAUCGCAAUUAUCCUCAUCAACCAGCACGUUGCUGAGGAGAUCCGUCACCUUCUCAACACGUACGACAAGACCAUUCCCACGGUGCUAGAGAUCCCGAGCAAAGACUCGCCUUACGACCCAGCUAAGGACUAUAUCAUGAAGCGCGUGAAUCUCAUGCUUGGAGGAGAGUCGUGA